GAAGAAGGGAGAGAGACACCAGCCUGCUAGUUUUCUCUAUCAAUGGAUGAGAAACAAUAACUGUGUCUACCACUGAAAUCCAUGUAUGGAAGUUGGAAGUAAUCCGGUGGAGUUCACUUUGUUGCUGACCUGUAGAAGGAAACGGGUAUUUGUGUGUGGACGACCACGAUUCGGAUGAUUUUCGGGGCCACAGAAGUGAAAGACUCACUGCAACCAUGCAAAAGGAGGAGCUGUUGACACACCUUCGUAUUCCAGAAUUAGGGGAAGUCCAGCAAUUCUUGCGCUCUCUUCCAUCAUCCACUGUAUUAGGGAUUGGUACUAUUGCAGCACUUGCAAUAUACUGGUAUGCCACAAGACCCAAGGCACAGGUGCCACCAUGCGACCUAUCAAUGCAGUCUGUUGAAAUUGAUAAUGGCGAGCGUGCUCGGAGAAGUGUGCUGCUUAAAGACGAUGACGACCUGAUAUGUUGCUACUAUCAAGAUGUAAGAACACUAUAUGAUGUGCUAAAAAGGGGUUUGAUUGUAUCAAGUAAUGGACCUUGUUUGGGGUCCAGAAAGCCAAAUCAACCUUACCAGUGGAUAUCCUAUCGUGAAGUUAUUGAUAGGGCAGAAUAUGUGGGUUCAGGAAUUUUCCUUCGAGGAUACAGGGCAGGGAACAGUGAAUAUAUAGGAGUAUUUGCCCAAAACAGACCAGAGUGGGUUAUUGUUGAACAGGCUUGUUACACAUAUUCCAUGGUACUGGUGCCAUUGUACGACACAUUGGAGAUUGAAGCUAUUUCUUAUAUCAUAAACAAAGCGGAUAUUGAGGUUAUAAUCUGUGACACAGCAGUCAGAGCAGAAACCCUACUAAAGGGGGUGGAAACUGGGAUAACAUCAGAAGUUAAGACCAUCAUUGUCAUGGAUCCUUUUGGAGAAGACCUAAAAGAGCGAGGAAUUAAAAAUGGAGUUGAGCUUGUUUCUUUAGGGGAAAUAGAGGAACUAGGAAGGGAAAAGAAACAUAAACCAAAACCACCACACCCUGAUGACUUGGCUGUUAUUUGUUUCACCAGUGGAACCACAGGAAACCCCAAAGGGGCAAUGCUGACUCAUGCAAACAUUGUGUCUAAUUUAUCUGCUUUUGUGAAAGUCACAGAGGGGCAAUGGUUUGCAUCACCCACUGACAUACACAUUUCCUUUUUACCACUUGCACACAUGUUUGAGCGCCUGGUGCAGGUUGCAGUCCUCUGCCAUGGUGCACGAAUCGGAUUCUUUCAGGGAGAUAUCAGACUGUUAAUGGAUGACAUCAAAGUUUUGAAGCCAACAAUCUUUCCAGUUGUUCCCCGUCUGCUUAAUAGGAUGUAUGAUAGGGUUCAUAGCCAGGCUAAUAGCUUUAUGAAAAGAAAGAUAUUGCAACUUGCUUCCUGGAGAAAGAUAGAAGAACUUCGGAAAGGGAUAAUGCGACGUGACAGCAUAUGGGACAUACUAGUCUUUCGUAAAGUACAGGCCAGUCUUGGUGGUCAGGUAAAACUGAUGGUAAUUGGAGCUGCUCCCGUGUCUGAGACUGUGCUUACCUUUGUCAGGGCAGCUUUAGGUUGUCAGUUUUAUGAGGGAUAUGGACAGACAGAGUGCACGGCAGGCUGUUCAAUGACGAUUCCUGGAGAUUGGUCAGCAGGGCACGUUGGAGCUCCAAUGCCUUGCAAUCUGAUUAAGCUUGUUGAUGUAGAAGAAAUGAACUAUUUUGCUGCUGAAGGGGAGGGUGAGGUGUGUGUAAAGGGGCCAAAUGUUUUUUCUGGUUACCUAAAAGACCCCGAGAAAACUGCAGAAGCUCUGGAUGAGAAUAACUGGUUGCACACAGGGGAUAUAGGGAAGUGGCUGCCGAAUGGAACUCUGAAGAUAAUUGAUCGAAAGAAGAACAUAUUCAAACUGGCACAGGGCGAGUACAUUGCACCGGAAAAAAUUGAAAACAUCUAUGUGCGGUCUGAGGUGGUUGCCCAGGUGUUUGUUCAUGGUGAUGGUCUGCAGGCCUUUCUAGUGGGAAUUGUGAUACCUGAUCCCGAUAUGUUACCUGGCUGGGCACUAAAGAGAAAUAUUAAAGGAUCAUUUGAAGAUUUAUGUAAAAACAAGACUUUAAAGGAUGCUAUUUUAGAAAAUAUGCUAAAAAUUGGAAAGGAAGCUGGACUGAAAACAUUUGAACAAGUGAAGGACAUUUAUCUCUAUCCUGAGAUGCUAACUGUUCAAAGUGGUCUUUUGACUCCAACAUUCAAGACAAAGAGAGUGGAACUGAGAAAAUUCUUUAGUGCACAAAUUGCUGAACUUUACGCAAAAAACACUAUAUAAACAGGUGCACGUUUUUGAAGCAAAUCUAAUUAAUGUCCUUGUUCAUUGGAUAAUGAUAACUGAUGCUUUGCAAUGAUCUAAAAGAAUAUAUAAAUAUAUUCAUAUUUUGUACAACAAGCCUUAUGAGCCAAAAAAAAAUCAGAGCAUAUCACUGUUGAAAUAUAUUUGUUGAUUUCCAAAAUGCCUUAUAUUUGAAGCAUUCAUCUCUAUCAUGGGGGAAUGGCAUAGCAAACUUGAAAUGAAAUGGAAGCACAAAUUAAGUUGCACUUGGUUGGAAGGAUGUACAGUUGUCACAAAUGCACUAUUGAAUAACAUUCUUUUUAUAUCUAUGUAUGCAGCAACUGUUGCACAAAUAUCUAAAAUGAAAUGAAAAUUAAUACUGAAAGCUUUAACAAGAUUACAUAUUUAAUUUAUAUUGUCCUGAGGUUUGAUAUUUGAUUGUUAAAAAGGCUUGACAUUGUAGAUGUUUUUGUACACAGAACCAAAAGAGGAUUUGCAAAAUUGUCAGUAAAAUAAAAAUAAUAGGCAUGUUUUCUGUAUUUUUGUUCAUCACUGCUCGAAACAUGAUGCAUUACUCACCAAAAAAACUUGCUGUGUCAAAAUGAGUUGGAUAUAGCCACCUUAUGAAAUAUGUUACAUAACCCAACUUGCACACUCAAGUGGUACAUUAUCAUUGUCCCCACAACCUCUCCAUACAGUAGGUAGCUAGUUCUUUCAUAGGUGGCAUAUUCGCACCCUUAGCAAGCUUGCAGUCACUAAGGUAUUUGCAAAUGAACAUCUAUAAUUCUGGACUUUAGUUCCUUCACUCAUUUGGGAGCAUGCAGUAUAUUGUGUUGUGCUAGUGCAUGUAGUAUGACAACUAAGUAGCUGGAACUUGUUGGCUAAAUGAUUACAUUCUUUACACCAAAAAGUCUUUAUUCAUACAUGUUCCUACUCCUGAAGGAUUUGACAUUCCAUUCCUUGAGGGGGAAAACAGAUUAAUUUUCCCUCUUAUAAUUUCUGAAAUAGCCCACAUUAACAAAUUUUUAAUCCAAAAAUGGGUGGAUUCUGGAAAUCUGAAAUAAAACACUAGAAAUUCUCAGCAAGUCACACGGUAUAUUGGAAAGAGAAACAGAGUUAAUCUUUCUAUUAAUGACCUUUCAUUAGAACCAUUAUCACCUUUUAUGAAUUCCAAUGAUAGGUCAUUGAUCUGGAAUGUUAACUUUCUCUGUCUCUGUCUCUGUCUCUGUCUCUGUCUCUCUCUGUCUCCAUAGAUACUGCCUGACCUGCUCAGUAUUUCCAAAGUUUUCUGCUUUUAUUUCAGAUAAUUGAUAUAUAUUUAUGUGCCUCCAAAGGUGGGUGUAAGUUACACACCACGUGCUCUGAAGUAAUUAACCAAUGCUCAUUCAAAUACUUUGCCUUCCCCACACUCUUCUUGAAACAUUAAUGCACAAAUGAAAGGAAGUGUUUAAUUAGUUCAAGUUAUAAUGUAAGGGAACAAAUGAUAUAUAUAGGAUUGCUAUUUGAAAUGGUGCUGUUCAUGGAUCAUGUUGACCUCAAUGUCUUGUUGAACCAACCAUUAUAUAUUAAAUAUAUUGAUAAUAAAA